UUUUCUACUAUUUUUGAAAACUAAUGAAAUAAGUUGGAGUUGUAGAUUAGGAAUUGGUCUCGAGUUUUGAAAAAGUCUGCCUUUAUUUAGUUUGGGUUUUCUAGUUUUUUUUCCAAAUUGGUCUCUCGGAUCGACAAAAAAUAUGGGGUUUGGUUAUCUUAACUUAUCCCUGUUGUAAAUGGCCAAGGAUUCUAUUUUUUUAUUUUGCGGACGUUUUUUGCGGACUUUUUCUUAUUUCAUUUUUAGUUUUGUUUUAGCGUUCUCCCAGGUGUCAAGUGUGCAUCUUCAACAAGAAAUAAAUUCAAAUUUGGCCAAUAAAUUUAAAGAAAAUUCUUCCUGUAUAUUUUCUUAUCUAAAUUGGAAGAAAACAAUAAUGGACUCUUGUGGUAAUUCAAGUAAUGGAAGUAGUUGUAGUGGUGGUGGGGGUGGUAGAAGUAAUAAAAAAUAAAAAGUUUUUUUUCAUUUAUUUUUGUCCUUCUUCGUGUUUGUGUUUUAACCAGAAAAGAUUUUUUUAUUUUCUUCCC